AAGAGAAAACUGUUUUCUUCACAGAACGGAGAAAGAGACCUCUGCCGAAUACCCUCCACUGUGCCGGAAUGGGAACGCUUGCUGUACUCAUCCUAAUCACCACGGGCCACAAGGCUUUCGGUACUACAGAAUUUUCAGUGUGCGGUUCCCCCAUGGUGCCCAGUCAGAUAGAUGGCGGUACAGAUGCGUUGGUCAGGGCGUGGCCCUGGCAGGUCAGCCUGCAAUAUUCAGGAUCACAUAGAUGUGGGGGCUCCCUGAUCUCACCGGAGUGGGUUCUGACUGCAAUGCAUUGCUUCACACGUCCUUUCCUGCUUUCAAAUUAUAAAGUGUAUUUGGGCAUGUACAGCCUGGGUGUGAUUAGCCCUUAUACAGUUGUGACCGAUGUAAAUUAUAUCAUCACCAACUCUGUUUAUGCAAACACUGGAGACAUUGGGGACAUUGCCCUGGUACGGCUGGCCAAACCGGUGAUCUAUACGGAGUACAUCAGGCCGAUCUGCCUGCCAUCUUCCACCACCAUCUUCCCCUGUGGCAUGGAGUGCUGGUUGACUGGCUGGGGUAGAACAUCUGUUGAAGGAAGUCUACCUUUCAAUGGGACCCUUCAGGAAGUCAUGAUUCCUUUAAUAGACCACAACACAUGUCAAAAAAUGUAUCGCUAUGGGGGCAGUAAUGAAAGCAUCCAGGUUGAAAAGAUUUGUGCUGGCUACUAUGAUGGGCAAAACCACUCCUGUCAGGGUGACUCAGGAGGACCUCUGGUGUGUAAGGUCCAGGGCAUAUGGUACCAGGUUGGAAUUGUGAGCUGGGGAAAGGGAUGUGCAGAGCCCAACUUCCCCGGGGUGUACACACUGGUGACGGCCUACCAGGCCUGGAUCAGCACCUACCUGCAAGUUGCAUUUAAGGAUCUGGCAAAUAUCCCUAAACCAACAAGAACAUGUGGAGGAAACUUCAUCAACACAGGAUCCACCAGCUCAACAACACAUGGAAGGAGUACUGUCUGUACAACCACCAAUGUUCCUGGACCAACAAAUGAAGGAAGCACUGCAUCUUCCUACACCAAUGUUCAUGUGCAAAAAACAACAUCUGAAGGAAGUUCCAUCACAUCCAGCCUUUCACGUCUUACCUUGAUGAUCCUGUUCCCAACUAUUCUUCUGCUAAUAUUAUUAUAACCAAAAACUUCAAUCUCAUCUGAUCUAAACAAUUGAUUUACUAAUAAGAGUGAACUAUCACUUGGGUUCAAAAAUAUGUUUGGACAGAACUUUGCUUGACUGCAUUUGUCCUAAAGCCAAAAAUUUUAACAUGUUUGACAGGAGCCAAAUGUAAAAUAAAUAAGUCCCCCCCUCCCUACACGUUCUACAUAUGCCAGCUCCUCUGUUAAUGCUUGUUAAAGCAAAACUUAAUUGUUUGGAUUUUUUUUUUAGAGGGUGAGCGGUUACCUGGUUUUGAUAGGUACACGGUCCUAUUUACGAUCAGAUUAUCUAGAUCUGGGAUGCCCAACCUUUUGAAGAGCCAGGGCCACUGAAGCGACCUGGUAACUGGUCGCGGGCCAAAACGAGUGGAAUGGGUGGAUGACAGGUCUGUGUCCACGCUGCAUAUGCUGAACAGACACAGACACAGCCCACGCUACUCUAUUGGCCCUCCAAUUCAAUCCACCCAGAUGCAGGGGACGGAUACCCUUCUGUUUUUUUUGUUUUUUUUGCGGAUUGUAUUGGAGGUAAGUGGGGGUAAAUGGACAUAGAGGUGAAUGUGAAUGGAGGGUCCGAUUGGGUCCUAAGGCUGCUUUCACACUGAUGCACCACAUGCACCUGUGGCUUUCCU